UGGAUACAACUAACUUCGUAGGUGUUUCUAUCUUGGUUCAAAAUCAAAGCCGAGGCAAAAGUAACUAUGCUUGUGGGGGAACGGAUCGUGGAUAAGGGUGGUUAUCGUGGAACUGUUCGCUUCGCAGGGGAAUUGGCUGGAGCUAAAGGUGAAUGGCUUGGAGUUGAAUGGGAUGAUGCAUCACGUGGAAAGCAUGACGGUUCACACAGCGGUCAGAAAUACUUUACCUGUCGACAUGAGACCGGAGGGUCGUUUGUGCGUGCCGCGGCAGUGAGCGCCGGCAGGCCUCUGGUGGAAGUUCUGCGCCGGCGUUACCUCGAGGACAGCGACGUUGGCAAGGUGGAGAGCUUCACGCUCGAUUCCGGCGUGGUGGUCAGUGCGCUGGGCACAGAGGUGGAGCAAGCUAAUACCGAAGACCUGUUGGCUGUCAAGGCAGCUUACAUGCAUGGGACUGAAGUCAAUUGUUGUGGUGAUGCGGAGGAACUGGCCGCACUCAAACCCAACUUCCUCAAACUGGUUGAUCUGAGCAACACACUUCUCACUCAGUGGAGUGAGGUAGCGGCCAUCGCACAAUGUCUACCUCGCCUACAGAACUUGGAGCUCAGUGAUAAUGUCUUGGAGUCCCCGGCCAUUGCCAGCAGUCUAGCUAGCAGCCUAUCUCGAGUCACGUCACUACAUUUGAAUCGUGCUGGUGUGGACUGGGACCAGAUUGUUUGUUUGGCAGAGAUGCUGCCGUCACUGGAGCAGCUACACUUGUGCCAGAACUCCAUCUCCAAACUUCAAUCCAACUCAUCAGCUCUUGAUGCGCCCGUGCCGGGGUUUCAAGCGCUGCGCCUGUUGAACUUGGAGCUGAACGCUAUCUCUGACUGGACUGAGAUCGCACGACUCCGCUCUCUACCUCGACUGCAGCGUCUCAUCUUGAAUGACAACAAGCUAACGGAUGUAGACCGCUUACCCAAUGAUGCGACGUCAGCAGAGGUGGCAUUCCCGUCUCUCUCCUCUAUUAGCUUGUGCGGCAAUGCCAUCACCGAUUGGAGCAGCAUUGACAACCUGUCGUCGUACCCUUUGUUGACAGAGCUACGGUUCAAAGACAAUCCAGUGGUGAAAGAUGAAUCAGAAGCAGAUAGUCGCCAGUUGUUGAUAGCUCGUAUUCCGCAACUCGCAAUGCUGCACGUCAGCCCUGUGAACGCGAAGGAGAGGUCGUUUGCUGAGCAGUACUAUUUGAAGCGCUACUUUGCUGACUUUACUCGCCACGGUGGUACCGUGGACGCACCCUCGUCAGUUGCGCCAGCGUUUGAAACUGCCCACCGCUCCUUUCUUGCUCUGCUGCAAAAACACGGUCCACCACCAUCGGCGACAGAGGCACCCGCACCCAAAUCACAGAAGCUCUCAUUUCAAAUCCAGUUCCCGGAUGAGCCAGACAAGCCACCCAAGACUGUGUCAGUACCAAGCACUGUUGCACUGCAAGCGCUGCGGGGCAUGAUUCGACGUCUGUUUCGGGUCACCUCCGCACGCAUUCGCCUCACCUACAUACGAGAAGAGGGCGAUGCUGAGCGUGAAAUGGACGAUGACCGGCGGCCGUUGUCCUACUUUGCUCUUGCAUCGGGUAACAUAGUCCUGGCAAGAGUCGAGUGAUGAGACACUCUGUCACGAUGUCAUCACAUUGUAUGAUGGUCAUCAUUGACUGGACACUGCUCAGGGCCUGUAUCAAUGGGUACAUGAGCCUCCAAGUGUCUCAGCACUGCAGAACGUGAUUGUGUGUGUGUCCCAUAUCCUAUCGUGGAGUACUGGACAUGCCAGUGUUUGAAAGCGUUUGCAUUGUUCUCGGCGUUGCGUGAUGCUCUCCAUGCCCUGCAGUCCUGUAGCACUGUGCAGUGCCCAGCAGCCGUAUAGCACGGUGCAGUGAAUGGCUGGGUCUCUUGAUGUGUUCAACGCACUGGAACUGUAUUCGAGAGCAUUCUUGAUGUUGUGUGGGCUGUCCCGAGCAACCCUGGCGUAAAGCACAGGCCCGAGAGGACAUACGCCACACCUGUCCUCUCAGCUCACCUAUUCACAUGCCUCUGCUGUGAUAGAGUGUCCACAUCGUUGGCCAUGCUGUCCUGCACGAAGCACUUAGCCACUACCCAGCCGUUGAACACCCUUGCCUUCGGUACCCGAUAUGCCACUGCGACUCUGCCGUAUUCUAGUUGCUUGUCAGGUGUUCUGCUCAAGUAGCCUUGUGUUGUCAUUUGUACGAACACAGCAUGCUGUGCGUGUCAGUCGCAGCGCUGCUCACUACAAUCCAUGUACUGUAAACUGCCUAAUGUUGGCGACGUAUUCAUGUUGGCUAAUUUUGCGAGAAGAGCAUAACACAAAUAUUACCAUUGUGAAAUCCAACUUCAACAGUCAGUGCAUACGUGUCAGUGCAUACGUGUGGCCACAGUGCUUCAACAGUCAGUGCAGUCAGUGCAUACGUGUGGCCACAGUGCUUCGCAAACAUUUGCCAUCGUACACUCGCUGGUUCUGCGAAAUCGCAAACAUUUAAUGACGCAAACAUUGGGCAGUUUACAGUACAUUGUGUGUGGUAGAUCUCUGCUGGCAUCAGCCUGUGUUCGACAUUCCACACGUGAUGCCUACCUGGUCUCUACCAGACAAAUCUGUUAGCGUUCUGUGGAGCCUCGGGGACUCUGCCAUUGCCUGUGGUCAUCAGGGGGUUUCCCUGUGCUGCAGAGUAUAGUAGCUCUACUGCCCAGCUUGCAUAGGACACACACACACACACACUGACUGCCAUUCUUGGGUUCCCCUGCUUCUGCUAUCCUCUGCGUGUUGCCGUGUUCUUGGCACACACCGUGCUUUCGUGCGGAUCAUUGUAGUAGUUUAGUUUUAGUUUUAUGCAGUUUUUCACUUUUUCUUCAACUCGCUUCUUCGAAGUACACUGUGGUGUUAGGAAACGUUAGAUUUCAUUCCCUCAUCUAGACAAUGGCAUAUCAAGUCCCAAAGACUUUCAUUUUCAAGAAUUUUAGUUUUUGUUCGUUGCAGUCGACUACAGUAGGUAUCGGUUAUAGCGUGGGUGUUUGAAAAACGACUUUCUAUUCUUAUUUCCGAUAUUUCUUACACACGAUAAAUCAAGUGUGACAUAUCA